ACCCUAAAUCAAUUCAGUCCGUACCAAGGUAAUUACCAUACACUUUUCUUUUCUCUUCCAACAAACAAACAAAUAAAUUUCCCUCUCUCGAUUCUCUGAAACUCACACCAUUCAUCCAUGGAAGCUCAAAAUCUCUCCGAAACAACUUUAUCCUCUUACACUAACCCCUCUCAAUCACCUCUUCAAACCCUAGUUUCUUACCAAGAUGAAAUCGACCAAUCCCAAACCCUAACCCUAGCUCCCACAAUCUCCGACAAUCCAACUCCAAUUCAAGAUCAAUUGCAAUCACUCGCGCAACAGCAAACUCUAGAUUCACAGCACGAGCACAACAUCAUCAUCAACAAGAACAACGACAACAACAAUCAUGCGAACGGUAAUGCGGUGAGUGAAUUGAUACCGAGAACGCAAAGUGGGACUACAACAGCUGAAAGAGAUCAAUCUGGCGGAGAAGAGGAGACGACUAGUCGGAGAAAGCGCCGGAGCAGGUGGGAUCCACCGCCGUCAUCGGAGGAUGCCGGCACCGGAGAUGGUACAGGGAGAAAGAGGAAGUCUCGUUGGGCAGACGACGAGCCGAAACCGGUGUAUCAGUUGCCUGAUUUCAUGGGAGGUAUUGAAUUUGAUCCUGAAGUUCAGUCUUUGAAUAGUAGACUACUUGAAAUUAGCAGGAAAUUGCAAUCUGGUUUGCCGUUAGAUGAUAGACCUGAGGGUGCUAGAUCCCCGUCCCCCGAACCGGUUUAUGAUAAUAUGGGAAUUAGGAUUAAUACUAGGGAGUAUCGAGCUCGUGAGAAAUUGAAUAGAGAGAGACAGGAGAUUAUAUCACAGAUUAUUAAGAAGAAUCCGGCUUUUAAGCCUCCGGCUGAUUACCGGCCACCUAAGCUGCAUAAGAAGCUUUACAUUCCCCAGAAAGAGUUCCCUGGUUAUAAUUUUAUUGGGUUAAUUAUUGGGCCGAGGGGGAAUACUCAGAAACGGAUGGAGAAGGAGACUGGGGCGAAGAUUGUGAUUCGGGGUAAGGGGUCUGUUAAGGAAGGGCGGUUGCAGCAGAAGCAAAAUUUGAAACCUGAUCCUUCUGAGAAUGAAGAUUUACAUGUUUUAGUUGAGGCUGAUACUCCAGACUCUCUUGAGGCUGCUGCUGCUAUGGUGGAGAAGCUGUUGCAGCCGGUGGAUGAAGUGCUUAAUGAGCAUAAGAGGCAGCAGCUCAGGGAGCUUGCUGCUCUCAAUGGAACUAUUAGGGAUGAAGAGUUUUGUAGGCUGUGUGGUGAGCCUGGUCACCGGCAGUAUGCCUGUCCUUCUAGGACUAGCACGUUUAAGAGUGAUGUGCUGUGUAAGAUUUGUGGUGAUGGUGGACAUCCCACUAUUGAUUGUCCAGUCAAAGGGACAACUGGGAAAAAGAUGGAUGAUGAGUACCGGAACUUUUUGGCAGAGUUAGGUGGUACAGUCCCUGAUUCAUUGGCUAAUGCUGAUGGCUCUUCUUCGCCAGCUGGUUCUGGUGGUGCUAGAAGCAAUCCGCCCUGGCAAAGUGGAAGCAAUGGUGGCAAUGCACAUGCGGGUUUGGGUUCUAAUCUUCUUAAACCAAAAGAGUACGAUGACACUAACUUGUAUAUCGGCUACUUGCCACCUACACUUGAGGAUGAUGGCUUGAUACGCCUAUUCUCUCCGUUCGGUGAAAUCGUGAUGGCCAAGGUUAUCAAAGACCGAGUUACUCAGCUGAGCAAAGGGUAUGGUUUUGUGAAGUAUUCGAAUGUUGAGCAGGCUAAUACGGCCAUAAAUGGUAUGAAUGGCUAUCGCCUAGAUGGCCGAACUAUUGCAGUUAGAGUUGCUGGGAAACCUCCUCAACCAACGGCUCCCCAGCCUCCUGCUCCCCCUGCUAUGCCACCAUAUCCAGCUACAAAUCAAGCUCCUGGUGCUUAUCCAUCGCAGCAAUUUGCAACUGGUGGGCCUCUAGGAAACACACCUCCUGGGAGCUAUGGUAAUCCUGUCCCGUGGGGACCUCCAGUCCCUCCUCCUCCUUACGCUGCCUAUCCUCCUCCACCACCUGGGUCAAAUUAUUAUCCUCCUGUUCAGAAUCAGUCAUUGCCCCCUUAUGGUGUUCAGUAUCCCCCUCCAUCUGUUCAACCUGUCCCCAGUAGCACUACCACUCAGACUGCGCCUCCUGGUGAUGCACAACAAAAUUUCCCGCCUGGAGUGCAAUCCCAUAGUGGCAACCCUGUUCAACCCCCUACUUCUAGUGUAUAUGGUGGUUCAGCGGCUACACCGCCUGCACAACCUACCUACUUGCCCUCUUCUUAUGGCUAUCCACCUUAUUACGGGGCACCUCCUCCUCCCCCUCCUGCUGAUCAGCCACAGAGCAUGUCAAACGUCCCUUGGGCUUCAAAUCCUCCAGCACCACCAGCUGUUGAAAAGACAAACCACGGAGUUGACGCGGAGUAUGAAAAGUUCAUGGCAGAGAUGAAAUGAUUUUUUUUAUUUUGGCAUACGUCUUCAUUGCAAAGAGGCAUCAUGUUUCUUGGAGCUCUUGUGAACCUGAUUUCUUACCUAUUGCCAUGACUUGUUGGAAGUUUAGGACUCACCUCUUUAACCUUGCUGUACUGUUCUGACAUUUGCAGAGACGUGGGAUACAAGUCGAGCUCCAUCAGCCUCCGUUAUUAAAGUAGCAACUCUGAAGUUCAUCUGCUUUACGUUUUCUUAUGCAGGAUCUUCUCUGUACUGGAAAUCCAUGGCACUCAUAGACCUGUUUCAUUUUCUUUUAUAUAUUUUGUGCUGUCAAGAUAGCCUUCUUGAUAAGACUUGCUGCUCAUGUUUGUAUUCUAUUUUUGUCAACUGGUAUUUAAUUUUCAUGCAUUUACUUAUUA